AUGCCCGGCCUCACUCUGCAUCUCCUUGCUCUCGCUCCCUCCACCACCGCCGAGUCUUUCCUCCACCAGCUCCGUCAAUCCUCCGCCGUCGAGGUCAUUCUGGCCUCUCGUCCGCGACACAUCGUCAUUCCUCCCACCCUCAUUGACUCCAACCCGCUGACGACCACAAAAUGGGACCUUUUGGUUCUCCUUCAGCCGUCCUCGGCGACCAAAGAAGCAGCCCUUGAAUCACUUCCGCCUAAUCUACAGCCCCUCGUGCGACACGAGUAUCGUCUUGCGGUCGGCAUCCCCUCAAAGCUGCUAUCCAACUACGAUGACCGCGACAGAUCCCUCAAACGAACUGCCUCCUCCGUCCCUCUCACCGGCUCCCUGACCAAUGCCCGCCAGAAGUCUUCCUCUAAGAAUCGGAACUCUCGCCCGACCUACUCGCCUUCAUGGACACCCUGA